AGCAACCAGCAACAGGAUUAUUACCUCCGCGUCGUCCGCAGCCAUAGAGACAACGCCACCUCUACGUGCUACGUCAUCCUUGCGUCCUGGGUUGCUGAGCAACCACAAACUACAGGGGAGAAAGAAGAGUGUAUGCCUCUGAGCCAAGAUGCCACGCUCUGCAGCCAAGUCCCAACCUGACAAGCAAAGAGAUAGAUCAUCUGCCCAAGGAAACACACCUCCACCGCAGGACCUAGAGGUGGAAGAUAUUAUCCUGGGUCGUUUAACUCAGGCCCAAUGGAUGGACAUGUUGGUCCAAGUGGAUGCAGAUGAGGCCGUGGGGGAUAUCAUAGAGGAACUGUUGAGCAAAGUCAUGGCAGGCUGUUUCAAAGUGGACAUUGAAAGAAAGCUAGUACCUUUCUGCGCAUCCUGGGCCAAGAGCUACCUCACACAGAUUAUAGAGAGGCAAAUCCUGUGCCCAGAUGAAGGAGAGGCACCAGAGCAAGCAUCUAAAACAGAAGACUCAGAGCCUAUGCCAGCAACUUCAGAUGCCUGGGUUCAAGGAUGUGUGCCUGUUGUAAAUGCUAUCCCUCUACCUCACUCCACCUCACAACAGGAUGCUGACAUUGGCAGGGUCCCAGUUCAAACAGAGCCAAGAGUCAACCAGCAAUGUGAUGUUACGGGCCAAACAAACAACUCUCCAAGGCGAUCUGAAAAGAAAACAAGUCCCAGGAGCCCUGUCAGUUACGAGUGCUCUAAAGUGCUUAUUCCUCACUCUCCAACAAAAUUUGUUCUCAAGAAACGGAAGCAGGUUAAUUUACCUCUCAGGCCUGUUGCAAGCAAAUUACUGCCACCCCUGUCCUGUUCAGUAAAACAUAAGGAUGUGGAUGUUGAAGGUAAUAUUCAGACACAUUCUGUUUAUAACCAAACAAAUGGAUUAUUACAUCACCAUAAUAACUACCAAUCCAUACCAAAGCUUGAUCCUUCUCGCCUGUCUCGACACUGCAUCUUCCCUCAGUACUGUGUAGAUAACUCAAAACCCAACUCUGGGCCUCUCAGUCUGGACACAAUGGUUUUGGCCAAGGGUGUUACUUUGUUGGAUCCACAGGCAGUUGAAAUGAACCCUCUUAAAUGCAAAUCUCCUACUCAGUCGACCAAGCUAAGGCCCAUACGAAGUGAUGUAGUGGUGCCACUGUCUUCAGUCAAGCAGUUCACAGGUCCACUCCCUCAGGCCAUCCCAAUGCUACAGUCAGACAACUGUGACAACAUAUAAAAUUCAGUGAUGAUACAUCCGUGACAUUAUUUUCUGCAGAAUGAUAUGUUGAUAAAAUGUUUAAAAAAUAAAUCUAAAAACAAGAGCAUGCCAUAUAAUGUUCACUGUAGGCUUAAAAUGAAGUAAGAAAUAUAUUCUGACUUAAACUUUUAAAUCAACAGCUUAACAAAAUUCAUUGAACAUUAUAUCUUCAUGGGGGGAGAAUUGUUCCAGUGUUGUUGUAGCUAGGAACCUAAUAAAUUAACUGGAUCUAUGCACAUAUACUAUGAUAAUGUACAGUUGCUGCAAACGUCUGCCAUAGAUGUAUAGUGUUUUAAAGUAUAAAAAAACAAUAAAACGGAUAAAUAUGA